AUCAACUUAUCAUAUAAGGGAAGGAGAGUGAUUGAUUUGGAUCCUGACACCGCAGAAUCUGGGGGCCAGAAACAAAGAGACAUUAACACAGAUCUGUAGAGGGAAUACGGCCCUCCCCAGUGAGCAGGGCAACUCUUCCUGCUGCAACUGACAGUCUGGAGAGAAGACAGCAUUGAACACCGCUGCUUGCUGCUAGGAAAGGCGGGGAGCGGAGACUCCCACAGAUGGACCUUAAGCCCUGGUGGCAGGGCUGAGUGGGCAGCUGAGGACCGGGUUCCCAUGUGCCUUGGAAUUCGCUAGGCUGGUGGUUUAUUACCAAAAGAAAGAAAGAAUGUGGCAGAUUGUUUUCUUUACUCUGAGCUGUGAUCUUGUCUUGGCCGCAGCCUAUAACAACUUUCGGAAAAGCAUGGACAGCAUAGGGAAAAGGCAGUACCAGGUCCAGCAUGGGUCCUGCAGCUACACUUUCCUCCUGCCAGAGACGGACAACUGCCGCUCUUCCUCCAGCUCCUAUGUGUCCAACGCUGUGCAGAGGGACGCACCGCUGGAUUAUGAUGACUCUGUGCAGAGGCUGCAAGUGCUGGAGAAUAUCAUGGAAAACAACACGCAGUGGCUGAUGAAGCUUGAGAAUUACAUCCAGGACAACAUGAAGAAGGAGAUGGUGGAGAUGCAGCAGAACGCAGUACAGAACCAGACUGCUGCGAUGAUAGAAAUAGGAACCAAUCUACUAAAUCAAACCGCAGAGCAGACACGCAAGUUAACUGACGUGGAAGCCCAAGUAUUAAAUCAGACAACAAGACUUGAACUUCAGCUUCUGGAACAUUCCAUUUCUACAAACAAAUUGGAAAAACAGAUUUUGGAUCAGACCAGUGAAAUAAACAAAUUGCAAGAUAAGAACAGUUUCCUAGAAAAGAAAGUCCUAGACAUGGAAGACAAGCACGUAGUUCAACUGCAGUCCAUAAAAGAAGAGAAAGACCAGCUGCAGGUGUUAGUAUCCAAGCAAAAUUCCAUCAUUGAAGAACUAGAGAAACAACUAGUGACAGCCACGGUGAACAACUCGGCCCUCCAGAAGCAGCAGCACGACCUGAUGGAGACCGUCCACAACUUACUGACCAUGAUAGCCACGCCGGGCUCAGCGAAGAACUCGCUGGUGACCAAGGAAGAGCCGAUCAUUUUCAGAGACUGCGCGGAAGCCUUCAAGUCGGGCCUCACCACCAGCGGCCUCUACACGCUCACGUUCCCCAACUCCACGCAGGAGGUGAAGGCUUACUGUGACAUGGAAACUGCUGGCGGUGGGUGGACAGUUAUUCAGCGACGUGGAGACGGCAGUGUCGAUUUUCAGAGGACUUGGAAAGAAUAUAAAAUGGGUUUCGGGAACCCUUCAGGCGAAUACUGGCUGGGAAAUGAGUUUGUUUCGCAAGUGACGAAUCAGAAACGCUAUGUGCUUAAAAUACGCCUUACAGACUGGGAAGGGGAUGAAGCCCACUCCCUGUAUGAACACUUCUAUCUGUCAGGUGAAGAACUCAACUACAGGAUUCACCUUAAAGGACUUACGGGGACAGCCGGCAAAAUAAGCAGCAUCAGCCAACCAGGAAAUGAUUUUAGCACAAAGGACUCGGACAACGACAAAUGUAUUUGCAAAUGUUCACAAAUGCUCACCGGAGGCUGGUGGUUUGAUGCAUGUGGUCCUUCCAACUUGAACGGAAUGUACUACCCACAGAGGCAGAACACAAACAAGUUCAACGGCAUUAAGUGGUACUACUGGAAAGGGUCAGGCUACUCACUCAAGGCCACAGCCAUGAUGAUCCGACCGGCGGAUUUCUAAAUGCCGGCACACACCCUAGGGAUGGUGGAUUGCACUGGUUUCAGAGACGUACUCCUAGAGCUCUACAAGACACAGCUGCAUUCUGUCUCCCCGGCCACCUCAGACAGACACAUGCUCCACAGGGCCCCACAUCAGACCCCUGUACACUUCACCCCUGGCACCUGCAGCCCUCGAGGAACCAAAGCACAACCCUGAACCUUCACCUUGUGACCUGGGAGAACAUCUGUGUGAAGAUGAAUUUAAGCUGGCAGAUGAGACUGACAGUGUACAGACUCUGUUGUCACAGCCAAGAAUGUCAUGUGCGAGUUCAUCAGUAAAUAACUGGAAAACAGAACACUUAGGCUAUAGAGGAGAGAUAAUCUUGGAAGCGCAUUCUUCUAAGCACUGUUCAUGGACUGUGUAAAUAUGCACAUGUCCUCGAGUCAGCAUCCCUAUUUUAAUUAAAAGGAAGGAAAAAUUCUCUAAGCCAUGCAAAUAUAUUACACAUUCAGGGAUUUUCUGAGAAGUGGUUAUUAGCAGUUUCAUAUUUGGAGAAGGAAAAACAUAGUUAACGCAUUUUUGCUCCUCCUCUUAGAUGCUUUAAAUUUUCAUUUUGAAAACAGCCUAUUUACAUAUGUGUCGCCAGCUUAGUUUUAAGUUAAUGCUCAAAUAUAGACUUCAAGUUUAGAUGGUGAAAACUUCCAGGAUCUUCCAGGAUGUUCUUUUAGUUUAUGUAAAGAUUGUACUAUUUUUUUUCCCUUGCCUGGUUGUUAAAUAUGAAGGUAUUUUUAGUAAUUAAUUAUAACUUAUUAGGUGAUAUGAUUACAUUUAACUUUUAUGCUAAUAUUUACAAUUUUAUAAUUUGAUUCCAAAAUAACCGAUUGUGCCUCAUGACAAGGAAAAUUCUACAUGACAAGGAAAAAAUUAUACAUUUCUUUGUAUACAUUAUACAAAGAGACUUCACUAUCUUUCACUUACUAUUCUAAUACAGAGGUCUUUUUUCUCUUCUAGUAAGAUACAUUCUCGAGAAGUAGGCUGCAAUUAGUGGCUGAGAAAUCCCUUUCAGUUAAUGCACAUACAACGCUAUACUUCUUGGGCUAGAAUCGCCCUGAAGUUAUUUAAGGAAAAAACCAAUUUGUAUCAGUAAGACUUUUUUAAAUGUCUACCAGAAAACUUUUUUAAAAAGUAUUCUGAAGUCCAAAAACAAACCUGAUAUUUAUAGUGUAUUCAUAUGGGUACAGAAAAUUUUGAGAGCUUGGAGUUAAGGUCAGGACCGCACAACCUUAAAUUUCUAGACUUUUAACCCAGAAGUUUUCAGAACACUAAUGAACAUGUGUGUAGGCUUUAUAAUUUAGAAGUGAUUUGUCAUAUAUUUGCUUUCGAGUCAAGUGCUAGGAAGCUUAGAGUCAAAUUUACAACCAGCAUUUACUUUAUGCCUGUCUUCACCUUACACCAUUCUACACUUUUUUUCUUUAUUCCAUAUUUCUUAUUUAUUUUACCCCUACAUGCCCACCCCACUCUCACCACAACUCAGUUUUGGAACACCUAAGAUUGCUAUGUGUUUUCAGUCAAUUUAUGGACUUUGGAAGAGUCAGAAGCUCUGCUUUCCCCAGCAUGUUGUACUUUCUCAACAAGCAUAUUAACUGAGUGAAAAACCUCUUUGUUUUAUUACAUUCAAGAAUGUUUCAUAAAUUCAACAGAGGUAUCAGCUUUGUAUCAAGUUAAAAAAAAUCUGAUAAUAAGAAAAUAUUACUGGUUCAAAGGAAACAAUAAGUUUCUAUGAUAUCUCAAAGACCACAUGGCAGAUACCGAGACAGAGAAAUGAUGACACAGGAAAAAUUGCCAACAACAUAAUUUGUAUCACUUGCCCAUGGAGGCAGGUUAAAUGAACUUCAAAGAUAAACCGCACUGUGUUAUUCAGGUUACAUACACUCUCGUUAGACAAAGGAUAGGGGGAAUUUGUGUUUUUAUUUUAUGCUUCAAUUCCUUACAUGGUAUUUCAAACAAAGAGUCUUGCUGAGAGGAAUUUUUUCUCUCCUUAAGAAAACAUUUAUAGAGUUGACAGGAAAUCAAAACAGUAAUCUUAAAAAUGAAAACAAAACAACUCAACAACCUAGAGAACCAUAGUGAUUAAGGGUAGAGUUCAACUUGUUGUCAUGUGAUAGUCACAUGGCAUACUCAAAUAACCAAAAAUCCAUGAAGACUGCUUGCAAAAAGUCACCAUUUAUCUUUCAGGUAUUAGGUUGGUGCAAAAGUAAUUGUGGUUUAAAAGGUUAAAAAUAAUUGCAAAAACUGCAAUUACGUUUGCACCAAACUAAUACUAAUUUUUUGAAAGAAUAAACUGUCACAAACCAGUUAACAUUUCUGGAAAUGAAAGCCAGCUUCUGCAUAAUCCUGCUUCCAAGUAAACCUGAAAUUAUCUACUAAAUUAUUACUUAAUCUUCAAAAAAAUUAGAACCUGGAACUUUUCCAUUAGCAUUUCAAGUACUUAAAAGUCAGUUAAGUUGAAGUUGAGUUUAGAAAAACAUCAAAGCACAAAGGCCACGUCUAAUGCUAGCCACAAUUUUUAUACCUAUCAGUUCUAUCUCUAUUCAGAGUAACAGAAUUUAUCUUCUAAAGCUGUAUGCAAGAUAUAAUAUUACUGUCUCAAGAAUCUAGUUUUUUCUCAUUUUUGUUUUUCUCAAUCCUGAGGACUUCUGUAAUGAAAAUUUGGGGUGCUGUAUUCCUCAAAACUUUUUGCAGAAUGUUCUCACAUUCUCACAUUUUUCCCCACAAAUAAAUAGAUAAAAAGUGUUAAGUUCUGUGAAUAUGUCUUUUUAGUUAUGAGCAUCAUCAUACUUGAUUUAAUAAAAACUUGAGUCAUAUCUAUGC